GCGCUGUAUGUAGCUGCUGAUUGGCUGGCUGCGGCGCAGCUUGAUGGCGUCGGGCUGGCGAGCCAAGGGUCUGGUGGUGGCCCCCGGGCGACUGCCGCCUGUGUGAGGGGCCGGCGGCCCGAGCGUGCUGGGGCCUCGGGGAGUGGAAGCGGAAGCACUAGCCCUCCUUACACUUCGCCAUGAGUUUCCUAAUUGACUCCAGCAUCAUGAUUACCUCCCAGAUACUUUUCUUUGGAUUUGGGUGGCUUUUUUUCAUGAGACAACUGUUUAAGGACUAUGAGGUGCGUCAGUAUGUGGUACAGGUGAUCUUCUCUGUGACUUUUGCAUUUUCUUGCACCAUGUUUGAGCUCAUCAUCUUCGAAAUCUUAGGAGUAUUAAAUAGCAGCUCCCGUUAUUUUCACUGGAAAAUGAACCUGUGUGUAAUUCUGUUGAUCCUGGUUUUCAUGGUGCCUUUUUAUAUUGGCUACUUUAUCGUGAGCAACAUCCGACUAUUGCAUAAACAGCGACUACUUUUUUCCUGUCUCUUAUGGUUGACCUUCAUGUAUUUCUUUUGGAAACUAGGAGAUCCAUUUCCCAUUCUCAGCCCAAAACAUGGGAUCUUGUCCAUAGAACAGCUCAUCAGCCGAGUAGGUGUGAUUGGGGUGACUCUCAUGGCUCUUCUUUCUGGAUUUGGUGCUGUCAACUGCCCAUACACUUACAUGUCCUACUUCCUCAGGAAUGUGACUGACACAGAUAUUCUAGCCCUGGAACGGCGACUGCUGCAAACCAUGGAUAUGAUCAUAAGCAAAAAGAAAAGGAUGGCAAUGACACGGAGAACUAUGUUCCAGAAGGGGGAAGUGCAUAACAAACCGUCAGGAUUCUGGGGAAUGAUAAAGAGUGUUACCACUUCGGCACCAGGAAGUGAAAAUCUUACUCUUAUUCAACAGGAAGUGGAUGCUUUGGAAGAACUAAGCAGGCAGCUUUUUCUGGAAACAGCUGAUCUAUAUGCUACCAAGGAGAGAAUAGAAUACUCCAAAACUUUCAAAGGGAAAUAUUUUAAUUUUCUGGGUUACUUUUUCUCUAUUUACUGUGUUUGGAAAAUUUUUAUGGCAACCAUUAAUAUCGUUUUUGACCGAGUUGGGAAAACUGAUCCAGUCACAAGAGGCAUUGAAAUCACUGUGAAUUAUCUGGGGAUCCAAUUUGAUGUGAAGUUCUGGUCCCAACACAUUUCCUUCAUUCUAGUUGGAAUAAUCAUCGUCACAUCAAUCAGAGGAUUGUUGAUCACUCUUACCAAGUUCUUUUAUGCCAUCUCCAGCAGUAAGUCCUCCAAUGUCAUUGUCCUGCUAUUAGCACAGAUAAUGGGCAUGUAUUUCGUCUCCUCGGUGCUACUGAUCCGAAUGAGCAUGCCCCUGGAGUACCGCACCAUAGUCACCGAAGUCCUUGGAGAGCUGCAGUUCAACUUCUAUCACCGUUGGUUUGAUGUGAUCUUCCUGGUCAGUGCUCUUUCCAGCAUACUUUUCCUCUAUUUGGCUCACAAACAGGCACCAGAGAAGCAUAUGGCACCUUGAACUCAUGCCUAUUACAGACUGCUGCAGGCCACUGAUGCCAGAAUUUGGAUAUAAGAGGGAAAAAAUGGAGGGGGGACCAGGACUUAAUAUUUUUUAAACAAUAUGCUGUGGUAGCAUAUCUUACCUCCAGUUUACGCCUUCCUCCUCAGAUGAUACUGUGAUCAUGAGUAGCAUCAGCUGGAAAUGAGAAAGAGGAGUAACUCGAGCUAGUCCUCAGCCAACCUGUUUGGGUCGGAGGCUGGUGCAGCAUGCUGGGUGGUAGGAGUGGAAAAGAGCAGAGAAACUAAAGGGAAAAAAUACACUGGAACUCUAGGGUAAGAGACAUGUCAGGUAGCUGGGCCAGAAACAUAGGGUUUCUGUUUAAGUCAAGGAUCACAUGGAGAAGGUUAUGACUUUCCCUUGAGAUUGAUUAUCAUUAAAAUCAGAGGUUGUAAUACUUUGGCCUUAGUUUCAUUUUAUCAAAGAUAGCUUGGUAUUAUGCUUGUAUAAGGUGAGUUGGUAUCCUGCCCCUCCUCCCCAACCCUGGCCCCAUGAAAAUAACCAAAAGAUUAUCUGUUCUGGGGAAGAAAUGGUGUACAAAUGAAAUGUUCUGCCAAGAGAGACUUCAGACUAUGUCAUUUUUCUUGAUUUCCUCUCAACUUCAUAUUAUUUGUGAAUUACUCUAAAUUUAAGUCAGUGAUGAUAUCUCAUUUUUUCUUUUUAUCUGCCCCUCGUACUGUGGGAUAAAACAAUGAGUAACUGUUAACUGGAAUAAGAGACUCUCUGAGGACACGGGUUUGAUCCCUGGCCCCUCUCAGUGGGUUAAAGGAUCUGAUGUUGCCAUGAGCUGUGGCAUACACAAGCAGCUGCAGCUCUGAUUCAACCCCUAUCCUGGGAAUUAAUGUGGGUGUGGCCCUAAAAAGACAAAAAAAAAAAAAAAGACAUUUUUAAUGCCAUUUAUUUUAGCAACAACAACAUUCUUUUACAAAAGCAUAAUUUUAAAAGGCUUAUCUGUUCAGAAACUUUAAUUAGCAGCCCUCACAUAUACAGAUUUAUGAAUUGUCUUUGAUGCUCUAAGAACCUAUAGAAGAGAUAACAUCAUACAGAGAAAUGUAGUUAAGUUGAAGCUUGAAAGAGAUUAUGCGAAAAGCAUCUGGCUCCUGCCUUCACUUUUCCUAAGCUGACCAUAAAUAAGCUAUGUGCAGUAGCCACCCCUAAGAUGGAUGACAGCAGAAGACAAUCACAUAUGAUGAACUGGUUUCCAGAGGAGUCUUUUCUAACAGAGAAAGUAAACUGGUGGCAGCUCAUUCCUUGGGAAAGGAUUCCUAUUAAAUACCCAGAAAUGGUUAUCAGCCAAAGCCAUUACUUGUUCUCAUCACAUCUCUGUAUCUUCAGAAUUGGAAGAAGAAUGAGAGGCUGUACUGUUGGCCUGUGAAAAAGAAAACAGAGGAUCUAUAAGUGGUAAGAGUGUGAACAUCAGGAAAUGGAUGAUCUGUUCCAGGGUUGCAUGGCUUAAGUCAGGGAGUAGAGUCACUCACUAGAAGCCAGAUGACCCAAAUUCUACAUUUGGCUUUGUUUGACACUAACACAUUUCUUAAUGUGUGUGUGUCUAUACACACACUCACAUACACAUACGCCUUUUCUACCAAACUAGCAUAGUACUAUAAUUAACUUCCUAUAGAGAUAUUAUAGAAUUUUUUAAAGAUACCUAGAAUACAUUUUUUGUGAAACAACCCAGAAUACAAGUUCAGUGGCUAUCAUGUGUGCUAUGAUCUGCAUAUUUGUAUCUCCCCAAAAUGCAUAAAUUGAAAUCCUGUUCCGCAAAGUGAUAUUAUGAAGAGGUUGGGCCUUUGGGAGGUGAAGACAUAGCUCUCAUGACUGAGAUUACUGCCCUUAUAAAAGAGUCCUCCCAGACCCCUUAGCCCCUGCUACCAGGUGAAGGCAUAGCCAGAAGUCAAGAGCCUGCAAGCGAGAAGACCUUCACCAGACACUGAAUCUAUCAGUGCCAUGAUCUUGGACUUCCCAGUCUCCAGAACUGUGAGAAAUAAAUGCUUGUUGUUUAUAAGCCACCUAGUCUAUGAUAUUUUGUUUAGCAGCCCAAACAGACUAAGCAUGUGUUCAUUAAAAAUGAGUAUUUGGGGAGUUCCCGUUGUGGCUCAGUGGUUAACGAAACCCAUUAGGAACCAUGAGGUUCCUAAUGCGAUCCAGCAUUGCUGUGAGCUGUGGUGUAGGUUGCUGACGUGGCUCGGAUCUCACGUUGCUGUGGCUAUGGCGUAGGCCUGUGGCUACAGCUCCGAUUAGACCCCUAGCCUGGGAACCUCCAUAUGCCGCAGGAGCAGCCCUAAAAAAGGCAGAAAAACAAACAAAAAAAAAAUGAGUAUUUGGGAUUUCCCUGGUAGCGUGGCAGGUUAAGGAUCCUGUGUUGUCACUGCUGGGGCAAAGGUCGUUACUAUGGUGUGGGUUUGAUCCCUGGCCCUACAACUUUUGCAUGCUGCAGGCAUGGCCAAAAAAAUAGUUUUUAAUGAGUAUUUUUUUAAUAUAUUAUCAAUCAGUAGAAUUAAUGUAAUGGAAAGUGUAUAAAGCUUUUAUUAGCGUUUUGGCUUUGCUAUACAUUCCCUUUAUGAACUUGGAUAGGUCAGUUCGCUUUUGGAUAGGUCAGUUCUCAAGUUCAUCUGUGAAAGGUUGAGACUUACCAAGGAAUUUAUCUAAUCUAAGUACAUAUAGAAUAAUGCUUACUCUUCCCUAGUAAUAGACUUGAAUAAUAAGAACAAUACUGUCUCUAACCACCACCAUUCAUUUCACUCUUACCAUGAACUAGGCACUGUUCAAAGCACUUUAAAAAUCUUAUUUAACAUAAUCCUGAUAACAAUCCUACAAAUUAUCCUUAUUUUAAAGGUGGGGAAAAUGAGGCACAGAGAAUAAAUCCAUUUGGCCAAGGAUGAUAAAUGGCAGAUCCAGAAUUUGUACGUAAAGAGUCUGAUUCAGGUUCUUCUGGUGGUUCCUGUUAUAAUUUUGAUAAGCUUCUGUUAUUUCUCGAUUUAUGAACUUUAGGCAAUUACUGUCAAUUCCACGCAGUGAAAAAUAAGAAGUGUGUUGUCUUUACCUUCUCUCCCCCUCAAUAACUGGAUGUGCUAGUUCUUGUUACACUGUAAUUUUCUAGUAUUUUAGGAAAUCUGAGAUAAACAUAGAUGUGUAAUGCGCUUAUUAAGGACUUUACUAUACUCUGGUUAGUCAGAUCAUUAAAAGAAAUGUGUCAUCA